AUGGUACCAGAAUUUUUGCGUCUAUCGCACGGGCGCAUAGUAGAGACAUCUUCUGCUGCUGCUGCUGCUGCUGCUGCUGGAGAGCGGUCACCACAAGGAGUUUCUCCGAUAAAAACUCCUGCGGGAAGUUUACAAAAUGCUAAUUUUACACCAUAUAGAACUCCGAAAAGUGUGAGGAGAGGGGAAGACAAGUCGGACAGCAGGAUUCUUGGUACUCCUGACUAUUUGGUACCAGAGUUACUCAGGAAGCAAGGUCAUGGCGCUGCAAGGGACAUUCCUUGGCCUGAAGGUGAUGAGAUUUUGGGAAAACACGCGUUUCAAGCGAUUGAUAGCUUGUUGACGUUGGAUCACAAGGAGAGGCCGACGGCUAAGGAGGUCAGAAAAAUGGAGUUUUUAAGUGAAUUUCCUUGGGAUAAACCUGAAGAAGCUGUCCCCCCUUUUGUACCCAAGCCUGAUGAUAAUUGGGAUACUUGCUAUUUUCAAGCUCAAAAUAUAAUGCAGCAUCUAAAUGUUAGUAGCUGUGAAAGUUGA